UUGCCUCCAUUUCCCGUAAAAAAACGUGAUUGAAAAAUAGAUUAAAAUCCUUCAGAAGCGUGAAAAAAGGGAGUUAUAAUCAAAAUGGAGCUAUCUGGAAAUACAGAUAGUGUGACGGUUACCAUCUCUCACUUAUCCCUCAAAGAGAAAGCUCACGUUACAUGUCCUGUACUGAACAACGACAGUGUAAAGCUGUUUGUUGCCUAUAACUUCCUCGGUAUUGAGCCAGAGGAGCUGGAGACGCCAUUCUCUUUACCCAAACCUAAAGCUAAUCUCCCCAUCACCUAUAACUUCACAAAAACUUUCCAGGUUGACAUGCAGGAAAAUUACGAGAGACGACAAUACCUGGCAGCCAUGUUGUUACCCGAUGAUCCAGAGCAGGGCAGAAUUCGCUUCACUGUGGUCAGCGACCCUUCAGAUGAUGAUGAUAUGGAUGCCGAAUGUGAAGAUAUUGGUGUUGCUUUUGUGAGCGUCAAAGAAAUUCUUAUGUCCAAGAAAGAUUUUGAGGAACAAAAUGUGGAAAUUUGUGAUGUUAAGAAUGACCAGGGAGUGAUUGGAUCACUUAAUGUGACUGUUAAAUGCCUGGCAGCUUUAGAGGCUGUGGAAAAAGAAAUGCAGAUAGAGGGGACAUACUGAGACUGUGAAACUAAACCUAGAUAGAGUAUGGAAGGAAUUUGAGCAGAGUUCAAAAUGAAAAGAAAAAGGAAUGGAAACCAUCUGAAUUAACUUUGCAGAUUCUUCAUGUGUAGUCUAUGAUGGAAGCUACUAAUGGCCAUUAUGAUACUAUGGCUAGCGUGUUCAAGUGCUGCUAAAAGAAAUUGUCUCCUAUACUCACAUACUCAGAUAAUUGUUGUUGGUCUACACAUGUGUCAGAUAUUAUGGUUUUUGAGUUUUAUAAUUGUAAUCAUAGAAUGGAGAUAAUUUUUAUUUAUUUAUUUCCGUCCAAUUUUAGUUUUUUUAGCUCACCUGAGCCAAAGGCUCAAGUGAGCUUUUCUGAUCACAAUUUGUCUGUUGUCUGUCGUUGUCGUCGUUGUAAACUUUUCACAUUUUCAUCUUCUUCUCAAGAACCACUGGGCAGAUUUCAACCAAAUUUGGCACAAAGCACCACUAGGUGAAGGGGAUUCAAAUUUGUUCAAAUGAAGUACAACGCCCUCUUUAAAGGGGAGAUAAUUGAGAAUUAUAGAAAAUUUGUUGGUAUUUUUCAAAAAUCUUCUUCUCAAAAACUAUUCGACAUGAUAAGCUUAAACUUGUGUGGAGGCAUCAUCAGGUAGUGUAGAUUCAAGUUUGUUCAAUUGGGGGCCACAAUUGGGGGAUCAUGUUUUACAUAGGAAUAUAUAGAGAAAAUCUUUAAAAAUCUUCUUCUCAAAAACUAUUAGGCCAGAAAAGCUCAAAUUAAAAUUGAAGCAUCCUCAAGAAGUGUAGAUUCAAGUUUGUUCAAAUCAUGGUCCCCGGGGGUAGGGUGGGGCCAAUAUUCGGGGAUCAAGUUUUACGUAGGAAUAUACAGAGAAAAUCUUUAAAAAUCUUCUUCUCAAAAAUUAUUAGGCCAGAAAAGCUCAAAUUAAAAUGGAAGCAUCCUCAGGUAGUGUAGAUUCAAGUUUGUUCAAAUCAUAGUCCCCGGGGGUAGGGUGGGGCCACAAGAGGGGGAUCAAUUUUUACAUAGGAAUAUAUAGAGAAAAUCUUUAAAAAUCUUCUUCUCAAAAUCUAUUAGACCAGAAAAGCUCAGAUUAAAAUGGAAGCAUCCUCAGGAAGUGUAGAUUCAAGUUUGUUCAAAUCAUGGUCCCCGGGGGUAGGGUGGAGCCACAAUUUUGGGAUAAAUUUUUAUAUAGGAAUAUAUAGAGAAAAUCUUUUAAAAAAUUUCUUUUUAAAACUAUUUGGCCAAGAAAGCUCAAAUUGGCGUGUAACCAUCAAGAGAUAAUGUAGAUUCAAGUUUGUUCAAAUCAUGGUCCCUGGGGGUAGGGCGGGGCCACAAUGGGGGAUAAAUUUUGAUUUAUAGAGAAAAUCUUUAAAAAUCUUCUUCUUAAAACUAUUAGGCCAGGAAAGCCCAAAUUUGAGUGGAAGCAUCCCCAGAGCGUAUAUAUUCAAGUUUGUUUAAAUAAUAGUCCUGGGGUAUGGUGAGGCCACAAUGGGGGAUGAAUUUUUACAUAGGAACAUAUAGAGAAAAUCUUUAAAAAUCUUCUUUUUAAAGACUAUUUGGCCAGAAAAGCUUAAACUUGUGUAGAGGCAUCCUCGGGUAGUGUAAAUUCAAGUUUGCAAAAUCACAGUCCCUAGUGGUAGGGCGGGACCGUGAUGGCGGUUUGAAUUUUUACAUAGCUAGGAAUAUAUAGAGAAAAUCUUUAAAAAUAUUCUGGGAAAGUUUUCGGUCCAAAACUCAGUACUUAGUGUGAAAGCACAGGUUAUGCAGAUUUAAGUUUGAUGAAACCAUGAUUCCCUAGAGAAAAGUGGCGCCACGAAAAGGGGGGGGGGGUUGGGUUAUAUAGGAAAGGGGAAAAAUCUUCUUACAGGUACAACAACAAAAGGGGCUUGGUAUUUAUCAAAAAAUAAGAGGUGGAUAAUUUUUUUUUAGCAAGAUCUACUGUACUCAGUUGUCAAGAUAUUUUGAUACUGUAAUGCUAAUUUGAUCAGAAUGAAAGCAAUUGUUGCUCAGGUGAGGGAUGUGGCCCCUGGGCCUCUUGUUUAACUUCAUAUUUAAAAACAUGGCAUUUUCAUGUUUUAUCUGUAUUUCACAUAUAUUUAAUUUAUAUUUUUUAGAAGGAAUGAUCUUUUUAAAAAUGUGUAUGUGUUUUAUUACAAAUACAUGAAGGUUGUAGUUCAGUAUGUGUUGUAUGCUGUGAUGCAUAUCAUUGAUAAUGAAUUUUUAAAUCAGUUAAACAUUGCAUUAAAAUACUGCAGUGUUGAAUGGUAGAUAUUGAGCAGAUGAACUGUGAUAAUAUACUUUGUUAUACUUUCAUGUUA